CUGAGCGUAAGCUUUUUUGACCAGUUUAUAAGUACAACAUGUCUAGGAAUUCCCCUAAUUGCAUUAGCACUAACCUUUCCUUCUAUUUUAUACCCUACAGCCACAACUCGAUGACUAAACAACCGACUACUCACACUACAAAGCGCAUUUAUCAAUCGCUUCACUCACCAACUACUCCUGCCUCUAAAUGCAGGUGGCCAUAAAUGGGCCACUCUCUUGGCUUCCCUGAUACUCUUUUUAAUCUCACUAAAUAUGCUAGGACUUCUACCCUAUACCUUCACCCCCACUGCCCAACUAUCCCUUAACUUAGGGUUUGCAGUCCCUCUCUGAUUAGCCACUGUUAUUAUCGGAAUACGAAACCAACCUAAUCAUGCACUAGGACACCUUUUACCAGAAGGCACCCCUAACCUACUAAUCCCGAUACUCAUUAUCAUCGAAACAAUUAGCCUAUUCAUCCGCCCCUUAGCUCUAGGCGUUCGACUUACCGCCAACCUAACAGCUGGCCACCUACUCAUUCAACUAAUCUCCACAGCUGCAUUUGUGCUCCUACCACUUAUGCCAACUGUAGCUAUUCUUACAGCAACAGUCUUAGUCCUUUUAACACUGCUAGAAGUUGCCGUAGCAAUAAUCCAAGCCUACGUCUUUGUAUUGCUACUAACACUCUAUUUACAAGAAAAUAUUUAA